AGCCAAAGUGUGUGUGAAGCGCACUUUGAAUGUCGUUCUUGCAGUCGUCCACGACUGCGUAAACUUGCAGUGUCCCUGUUCAGUUGCCUGGGAAGCCCCUAGUACGGAGUGGAGCUGCCAACGCCCGACAUAAAGACUCAAAUCGGAUAUACGGUAUUGAAUGAAUUGUGAAGAAUGCAGACCAUCAAGUGUGUUGUAGUUGGGGACGGUGCUGUGGGUAAAACCUGCCUGCUCAUCUCAUACACUACAAACAAAUUUCCUUCAGAAUAUGUACCUACAGUGUUUGAUAAUUAUGCCGUAACUGUAAUGAUUGGAGGCGAGCCCUACACACUCGGCUUGUUUGAUACCGCAGGUCAGGAAGACUAUGACAGGUUACGACCUCUGAGUUAUCCUCAGACCGAUGUCUUCCUUGUUUGCUUCUCUGUUGUGUCUCCCUCUUCAUUUGAAAAUGUAAAAGAAAAGUGGGUUCCAGAGAUCACCCACCAUUGUCCAAAGACCCCCUUUUUGCUAGUUGGCACUCAGAUUGAUUUGAGAGAUGACCCCUCUACUAUAGAGAAGCUGGCAAAGAACAAGCAAAAACCUAUUACUCCAGAGACGGCAGAGAAGCUUGCAAGAGACCUCAAGGCUGUGAAAUAUGUGGAGUGCUCCGCGCUCACACAGCGAGGCCUGAAGAAUGUAUUUGAUGAAGCUAUCCUAGCUGCCCUAGAACCGCCUGAGAUGCAGAGACAGAGGAAAUGCUGCAUAUUUUAAACAGUGUGCAACUGUUACAACUUCUGUUCACUGCUAAUUACGAUUUGUACUUUAGACGCUUUUUCAAAAUAUUUAAAAACAUAUAUAUCCUGGUUUAAAAAUCUCAACCAAUCUCAAAUUAUUAUUUACUACCCAGUUUAAAGCCUAUAUUGACAAUACUUCACUGCUAAUUGUCACUUUCUGUCUUUCAAUGGUUUAUGUUUACAGUACUUUGACUUUAUGUCUGACUUUUCUUUAUGGUUGGCAAGUUAACAGUAGCAAUGAGGCUAGUGAAACCUUGUUAGCAGUAUCUUGUCAGAGCUCUACAGCUCACAUCUCUUGCAAGGCCUCCUUCAUUGGACCAUUGUCCAAUAUCUAAAGAAAAAUUAUAUCUGACACAUGAUGACCAAGACAGCUGAGGUAACUACAACUAACACACUGUUCAUGAACAAGAGCCAAGGUCAAUAUUAAAGCAAAAGCAGACCAAGAAUUUGGAAUGCAGAUUUAUUUUCCUGUGGUAGUUGACACAGUGAUGCUGUAGACUAAACUUUGGGGGCUCUAGUUUCCUGACUAGCGCAAUGGCGUAUCUCUGCGAAGGGAGGGGUUAGACCCGAUGUGUUAUUCUCAUUUUGUGUAGCCAGUCGGGUUGGGCAUCGUUUGAAUUUAUUCGAUUCCGGUACCUUAUUUUGAUUCCGGUUCCAAACGAUUCGCGUUUCCGAUUCUUUUAGGGGGCUGGGCCAAAAAAGUUUGCAUGGUUUAAAUAAAGGGUGUCCAAAUUAUGAACAUCCAUUUUCUUAACAGCCCGCAGCAUAGACUAAAAUGAACAUUUGACUCUGGGUUCUUUAUAACCAGUAUCACUAUCAAACCUAUGAACUUAAAGCCAGUGUGUGUGGAACUAACCCAAUUUACUUAAUAUUCAUGAAUUAAUGUUUCAACUAAAAGUUAAAUAUAGCAUUGUGUGGUACAGAAAAUGGAUAGAUGGAUGGAUUGUUAAAAUCAUUUUUUGGGACUGUUUUAUCACGUCAAAUGGUUUAUAUGUGCAAGUUUUUACUUUAACUCCCCCUUUUAAGCUUGUAGCCUUUUAUUUUGAAGGGUACGCACCGGAACUCAGCAUUUUGGCACAAAAAGCAACUUCACACAGCACCGGUGUUUUUUGUUUUUGUUUUUUUUAAAUUCAUGGAACCAAAUGCUAUAAAAAGUUGAUUCCUUUCCUUACCCACCGAUGAGGCACAAGGUUAGUGAUUCCUUUCCUUACCCACCGAUGAGGCACAAGGUUAGUGUUUGUGAUACUGUGAGACAACGUUUAUGUGAAUUUUGUCCCAAUUCAUUGUGAUGUAAAGUUGCUACGGUGAAGUUUUAGCUCAAUGUUAAGCUUUUUUUUCCUGUCCUCGGAUCUUACGUUGGUUUGAAGACUAAAAUAAACGCUAAAAGCCAUCAGUGCAAAAGUGCAACCAACCGUUUACAUUGUUAGCUGUCUCAAUGUUGGCAUAGAUGUAUUUUAUUGUUUUACUCACCCAAUUGACUGAGAGUUGACUUCACUGAAGCUCCGCGCGGUUGUAGGCUGAGGCGUCAGACGCUACACAUCGUGAAAGCCUCCUUUGCACAAUGUAAUCUUAUUCCAAGUGUUGCACGGAGGUGACUGGUCGUUCAUUUGAACAAAGUUCAGACACACAUUUGUUCGCCGUUGGGCACAAGCACGACUUUGUGCGCAUUCUUUUUCUUCGUUGGUUUUCGGCACUUCUUAUUUGGGGCUGGAGGACGAGGCAUCAAAACUGGGAACCGAAAUUCUUUAAUUUGAACGGGAGAACUGAGUCCCGGUUCCAAUCGGUUUUCGAUUCUCGAUGCCCAACCCUAGUAGCCAGUGUAUUUAACAAAAGGAACUUUCUGCACUGGUGGGGGUAAACACUACUGACUUUUGAGGCACAACUCCGGUCUUGCAUGCAUGGAGAAAGCAAUCCGUGCUAUUGUCACUUGGCUGUGUGGCAAAUAUAUGGACUAUACUGUGCUGGUGAUAUACCUACUAACCGUGGGCGAUUAAAAUAUGUCCGUGGAAUGAAUCUAUCCCCACUCAUGCACAAACCUUCUCCCCCUGCUCCACCACAUAUGUGCUGGCCAGUGGGGUGAUUUAAACAGAUAAAAACAGGCAGAUAGUGAUGAUAAUAAUAAUAAUGAUGAUGAUGCAUUCAAUUAACUGCUUCCUGGAAUGAUUCGGAGGGUUCUAUGUCCACUGUGCACAUAUUCAUGAUUGAAAUGUGUCUGAUCCAGCCCACAUGUCCGCGGGGCUCGUGUUGUCUACACACACUGCGAGGAGGGGGGCUGCACCUUGCUCUGGUACUUUUUUGGACCAAUGUACCCCCAGUGCAUUUCAAGUGGUGCUGCUGUGGGCGUACUUCAAUCCUCAUCAAUUGAAGCCGGUUCUUUCGUUCCCCUUUUAAAAGCCAUACAAAUAAUCUUGCAUAUGGUGACGUCAUAAAUGCGGUAGAGGUGCCAUGCGAGAUUGGAGCAUUGAAUGUUAGCGCUAUUAUUAAAUGCAGAAUGAGCUGGGGGCUAUUCCAGCAAGCAGGUUCAAAAUGCUCUCAAUCUAAACCUGAGUUCUGAGUUAAUGUCCCCUGAACUCAAAAACUGGGAUCAUUUACGUCCAGAACAACUGAUCUGAAUGAGUUCAAUCAAGUCUAAGUCCGCUCACCUUGAGCUAAGCUCGUUCACGGCCACAACCAAAAGACAUCAUCAAUGGAGCCCUGAUAUGUUGCUUCACCAUGGAAACUGACAGAAACAUGUCAAGUUACUUACUUUCCCCCUUGGAAUUUGAGGUGCGAAUGUGGGUGUUUGGUGAUAUGAAAGUACAGUCCCCACGGCAAGGUCAGUUUGUUUUUGUUGUAUACUGAAGACAUUUGGGUUUCAGAUCAAAAGAUGAAUAUGAGACAAAAGUUCAGAAUUCCAGCUUUUAUUUCAUGAUAUUUACAUUUAGAUUUAAUUUAUUGGAACGUGACUGACGGGUGAUGACUAAUUAUUUUAAUGAUUAAUAAUGAAACAAUUAUUGAAAUGUAAAAAUUACAAAUGUAUAUGUAAAAUUAUUUUCAUGUUAUUUUAUUGACAGUAGAUCAAUUAACCAAGGAUUUCAUUAUAUGAAUAAAACCGAAAUAAUGAUGAAUAAAAAAUUUAAAUAUUGUUUUACUAAUAAAGUAAUUCAUUCUCAUUUUAAAAUGUAAUUAUUUAGAAUUAAAGCUAUAUUAACAAAUUAUUUAUCUAAAACAAACAAAACAUUGUUAAAUUUAUAUGUAUUCAAUUGUAUUAAUAUUCAGUCAAUCAACGAAUUCUAAGAGAAAUUAUUACAAAAUAGAUCAAAUGAAAAAAAUACAUUUCCCAUUUUUAGGAAAAUUUACUAUUAAUGUAAGAAGAAUGCUCGUCGGGUCAGAUAAAACAACGGAGGGGUCUACUGUACUCUGCCCACCUCUGAAUUAGACUGGUCCCAGUGUGAACUGCAGCAUGUCUAUCAUGAUUUGAUAAAAACUAAAAUAUGUUUAGGUACAUGAUUACUAUAUCAAUCACUUCCAAUCCUGUGGAACAAUUAUUAUUAUUUAAAAAAAAAUUUUUUUUUUUAAACACCACAACGGCCGUUUCACUGCGGCGGUGACUUCUCAUCGGCGGACAUGUCGUUGCACUAAAUUUCCAUUGACAUCAGCACAAAUUCGCCGUGUUGACUUUUUAAUCAGAAAUUAGUUUGGGAAUACCAGCCAAUCAUUUUAGAUUUAAUUGUGCUUCAAUAUCAGUGGGAUCGUGGAGAAAUAGGCACCUGUGUUUGCUUCAAGUAGUAGCAGACACGUAGAAAGUCAGGAGCCGGUUCGGUCAGUUACCACGGUGACUCUUCCCCAGCUCUUUGGAAUGGAAUGAUCAGGCUUUCCCUUAUCUCUGUGUCAGCUUUCUCCGGGUUUUCACGUAACCUGCUUGCUGGAUUUGCUUGAAACCCCCUUGGUGAAACAUCGCUGGCGACUUUAAUGCGUCCGCGGACCGCUUGUCCCCUCAAACGAUUGUUCGUUAACACCCCUUCAGCAGGGACGCCCAGACUUCCCUCUCCCAGCCACUUCAUCCAGCUCUUCCGGGGGGAUCCCGAGGCGUUCCCAGGCUAGCCGAAGGAUGUAGUCUCUCCAGCGUGUUCUGGGUCGUCCCCGGGGUCUCCUCCCGGUGGGACAUGCCCGGAACACCUCACCAGGGAGGCGUCCGGGAGGCAUCCGAAUCAGAUGCCCCAGCCACCUCAUCUGGCUCCUCUCAAUGCGGAGGAGCAGCGGCUCUACUCUGAGAUCCUCCCGGAUGACCGAGCUUCUCACCCUAUCUCUAAGGGAGAGCCCGGACACCCUGCAGAGGAAACUCAUUUCGGCCGCUUGUAUCCGGGAUCUUGUUCUUUCGGUCACGACCCACAGCUCAUGACCAUAGGUGAGGGUAGGAACGAAGAUCGACCGGUAAAUUGAGAGCUUCGCCUUUCGGCUUAGCUCUUUCUUUACCACAACGGACCGAUACAAAGUCCGCAUCACUGCAGACCCUGCACCGAUCCGCCUGUCGAUCUCCCGUUCCAUUCUUCCCUCACUCGUGAACAAGACCCCAAGAUACUUGAAUUCCUCCACUUGGGGCAGGAUCUCAUCCCCGACCUGGAGAAGGCAUGCCACCCUUUUCCGACUGAGGACCAUGGUCUCAGAUUUGGAGGUGCUGAUUCUCAUCCCAGCCGCUUCACACUCGGCUGCGAACUGCUCCAAUGAGAGUUGGAGGUCACGGCUUGAUGAAGCCAACAGAACCCCAUCAUCUGCAAAAAGCAGAGAUGCAAUACUGAGGCCACCAAACCGGACCCCCUCUACGCCUCGGCUGCGCCUAGAAAUUCUGUCCAUAAAAGUUAUGAACAUAAUCGGUGACAAAGGGCAGCCUUGGCGGAGUCCAACCCUCACCGGGAACGAGUCCGACUUACUGCCGGAUAUGCGGACCAAACUCUGACUCCGGUCGUACACGGAGCGAACAGCCCGUAUCAGGGGGUUCGGUACCCCAUACUCCCGAAGCACUCUCCACAGGACUCCCCGAGGGACACGGUCGAACGCCUUCUCCAAGUCCACAAAACACAUGUAGACUGGUUGGGCGAACUCCCAUGCACCCUCGAGGACCCUGCCGAGGGUGUAGAGCUGGUCCACUGUUCCACGGCCAGGACGAAAACCACACUGCUCCUCCUGAAUCUGAGAUUCGACUUCCCGACGGACCCUCCUCUCCAGCACCCCUGAAUAGACCUUACCAGGGAGGCUGAGCAGUGUGAUCCCCCUGUAGUUGGAACACACCCUCUGGUCCCCCUUCUUAAAAAGGGGGACCACCACCCCAGUCUGCCAAUCCAGAGGCACUGUCCCCGAUGUUCACGCGAUGUUGCAGAGGCGUGUCAACCAGGACAGCCCCACAACAUCCAGAGCCUUUAGGAACUCCGGGCGAAUCUCAUUCACCCCCGGGGCCCUGCCCCCAAGGAGCUUUUUAACUACCUCGGUGACCUCAAACCCAGAGAUAGGACAGCCCGCCUCAGAGAACCCACACUCUGCUUCCUCAUGGGAAGCCGUGUCGGUGGAAUUGAGGAGGUCUUCGAAGUAUUCUCCCCACCGACUCACAACGUCCCGAGUCGAGGUCAGCAGCGCCCCAUCCCCACUAUACACAGUGUUGGUGGUGCACUGCUUUCCUCUCCUGAGACGUCGGAUGGUGGACCAGAAUUUGCUCGAAGCCGUCCGGAAGUCUUUCUCCAUGGCCUCACCGAACUCCUCCCAUGCCCGGGUUUUUGCUUCAGCGACCACCAGAGCUGCAUUCCACUUGGCCAGCCGGUACCCAUCAGCUGCCUCAGGAGUCCCACAGGCCAAAAAGGCCCGACAGGACUCCUUCUUCAGCUUGACGGCAUCCCUCACCGUUGGUGUCCACCAAUGGGUUCGGGGAUUGCCGCCACGACAGGCACCGACCACCUUACGGCCACAGCUCCGGUUGGCCGCCUCAGCAAUGGAGGCGCGGAACAUGGUCCACUCGGACUCGAUGUCCCCCGCCUCCCCCGGAACAUGAGCAAAGUUCUGUCGGAGGUGGGAGUUGAAACUCCUUCUGACGGGAUUCUGCCAGACGUUCCCAGCAGACCCUCACAAUACGUUUGGGCCUGCCACGUCGGACCGGCAUCUUCCCCCACCAUCGGAGCCAACUCACCACCAUGUGGUGAUCAGUUGACAGCUCCGCCCCUCUCUUCCCCCGAGUGUCCAAGACAUGCGGCCGCAAGUCCGAUGACACGACCACAAAGUCGAUCAUCGAACUGCGACCUAGGGUGUCCUGGUGCCAAGUGCACGUGUGGACACCCUUAUGCUUGAACAUGGUGUUCGUUAUGGACCACAAUUGUACAAUAUGUAAUAUUCUUUGAAAUAGAAAAGUAGAGAAUAAUUCUAUACACUGCCAUGCGCUUGAUGUGGUCAUGAUCAAUUAAAAACUCAUCUUUUGUAUUCGUUCAGCAUAUGCUUUUGUCCAAGUUCUCCACAGCGGGGUGAUAAGUUUGCAGUCAAGGACAUGAAUGUUAUGGAACUAUUUGGCCGACAAUUUAAACUAUAACAACCAUACUUUUUCCGGCGCAGACUGAUUGUGUAAUAUCCAAUUGUACACCAAAAAAAUAAAAGAAUUUGGACUUUAACCCACUUAAAAUUGUUUCAAUUAGGCUUAAAGUCGUGAACUAUAUAUUUUUUUAAAUGGGGUCUUCACAGCAUUGAGUAUUUCCUUUUCACUUUUUUUUUAAACAAAUAUCUAAUAUGGGAAAAAUGUAAAUUCUAGCAUUAUUUGCAGGUUAUCCACAUUCUCCCUCCCCUUCUGGUGACUAAAAAAUUGUUUGGACCAGUGAUUCUAAAAGUGUGCUACUAGUACCACUAGUGGUAUGUGAAAGAAUCAUGGCCCUUAUACAGUUGUUGAACUUUUUUUCUCCAGUUUUCCUAUAUUUAGAUACAAUGUUAAUGUUCAAAUUGUGCAAAAUAUUACAGUGACUUGCAAUAAUAAUAAUUUCAGGAAUGCUUAGACCUACUAUGCUAUUUUUAUUUUAAUGUUGGUCGGGCUGGUGGUACGCUCAGUAUUUAUUUCUUGUUUUUAGGUCUAUGGUGUAAAAGGUUUAAGUAGAACUGGUUUAGACUGUCUUGCCCAACUAAAGAACCACCAAAGCAGAGGCACGCGACACAAAACACUGAACAGAAAGUUGUCACAAUCUAUCAUCAUGUAACAGCGUUACCGUUGUGCCCAUGAGCUGUUUACCAACAGCAGUAGUUUACCAAAGGUGAAUGAAAUAAUGGACAGCUCACAAUUCUGCAGCAAAACUUCCAACUGUUGCAAGUUAUUUUAUAUCAGUCAUAGACAGGUUUUUUAAUUUUUUUUAUUUUUUAUUUUUUUUUACAAAGUGCCUACGCCCAUCCAUUGCACAAGCGUGCGACACGCCGGCGGCAAGAGAGUCAUUCGUGAAGAAGUCGUUGACAUUAAGGGAUAGGAGCCAUUUCCUGCCUGUUUGCAAAUUUAUCAAAGACACAAUAUGACUACUGUAUCUUUUACCAUCAUGCUUCACGCCAUGGGCAUGCAUGUAACAAAGAGCGCAAUGGCAGCAAACAGACAAUGGCACACUGAAUUUCAUUCUACAGAAUACAUUAUAAUAUAAAGUUUAAUGUAUGUGUAUGAUUUGACAUGUUUUACGUUUUUACAGCAAACACAGUGAUAUUUUGGAAACAGAAAAACAUAUCUAAUCAAAUACAGACUGUAUUGAUGGAAAAUACUAAGUAACUUCCAAUAUCCUGUAUCACAUUUUUGUACAGUAACAGUCAUGCCCCAGAAAAAAAGCAUAGUUCAAAGAAAAAAAUGGUGGUUAAACCAAUGACAUUAUGUCCAUGUUGAAUGUACGUAAACCAUUUGAAACUAUUCUGGAAACCUUUGCAUUGCUUGUUGUGACAUAAAUAAAAUAAUAUAUAAACAGUUGUUUUGAAGAAACAAACUUAUAAUAAAGCACAAAUGAGGUACUCUUUC